GUGGACCCUGAUUAUGACUAAUUUCGUACUGUUGUAAAGCCUUAGUGCCAGUGCUGUAAUCUUUGGGAAUUUAAAGUUUGUGCAAACCUCAAGACUUUUAUUUUGAUAAUAGCGGAGAUGAAGUGGACGCGGAAUUGCCACAGAACUGAACACAAGCGUAAUAAUUAGCAGUUUAGCACGUUCGUGCCGUGAAACCAUACAACCCCUAUAUGGUUUUAUAGCAUUACAUCUGAAUAGUAUUGUUGUUGUCAUCACACCCUGACGUUUAAUUCGGGACAACAAGCUACUCAGCGUUUACGAAGAGGAUGGCGCAUUACCGCGCAUUUCACACACAGCUCGCAACCAUCAUGGAAACCCUGACGCGGGCGGCAGUGGCAGAAAUCUGCGAGCUCGUGGAUGACGGAUACGCGAUUUUACACAUGGAGAUUUCACGGCAUCAGAAGGAGAAUGAAGAACUGCGGCGGAAACUUCAGCUCAUCGAAUCCAUUGUUGCUGCGCGCGGCUACAGCGAUGAGACUGCGGCCGUGCACGAGGCCACGAGCUGCCGCGCUCGCGCGAAGUCACGAGAUUCAGAGGAGCAUGCUCUCGUAACAGUGCAGGUCAAAGAGGAAGGUCAGGAACCACAAAAUGAUGAUGAAGAUGAUGAUGAUGCUGUGGUAAAUCAUGAUUCUCCAGAUGAGGAAGCCAUAGAGCUCUUGUCACAUAAAGAUACAGCCUCUGCAAAUGAUGAUGGCCAUACCCACCCACUCACAGACACACACUCACCAAGCCUUCCCCCACACCUACUCGUAGAUACACACUCGCACACUGAGGAAUCCCAACAAUCCAGCAUGGACCUGACAGCUUCUGAUGAACCUCUUUGUUCUUUUAACACACAGAGUAAUGUGCACUCACUGUCCGACGCACACAAUGAUGCCACCAGUCAUAGCCACACAUAUCCAGAUAAGACGUGUAUGAAGAGAGACCCUAUGGUGUCUGAUUUGAAUCUUACUUUGGACUGGAGCACACACUCAGUGCAUAACACACUGUCACAUUCCUCAGGAGGAAAUGGCACGAGGACACUUGCUGCCCACAGUUCCCCUCUCUAUAAUGCACAGCACUUGCUUGGACUGGGUAACGUGGCUGGGUUGGGGUUGUUUGGAGGACGUGGUUCACUCCAAGGGGCUGGAGCUGGUAAAAGGCAUUUUAUCUGUUCCAUCUGCGGCAAGAACUUCACAACAGCACAGAGCCUUGACACACACAUGCGUAUACAUACGGGUGAGCGUCCAUACCGCUGUGAGCAGUGUGGCAAGCGCUUUACUCAGUCUGGCCACCUUACAGCACACCAGACUGUUCACACUGGAGAAAGACCGUAUGAGUGCACGCACUGUGGCAAACGUUUUGCAGGGAAGCAGUACCUGCGAAUACACACAAAGAAACACCAUCCUGAAUAAUAAGAUUCAAGCAGACACCACGGAAAAUACACACUAAUCUGCAUACAUGUACUAAUCCAUGAUACACUACACUGUGUAACAACAGAUAUUUAUUCACACAUAUGUGCUUUCCAGGGGACAUUGAAACAGGCAAAUACACAUGACCUUUCCACGCUACCAUUUCAUGCAUCCCGAGGAGGAUUAAGAACACGUUCUUCACCAGGAAGCCAAAACCUAAGGAGGUCCUUUGGGAGUCACAAGGGAGUUUCAAACAUGUGACCAUCAAAUCCUAACCAAUCAUUCUCACCUUCUCAAUUGUCCAUUAAUGAACCUAUUCUCAGUCUGAAAAAGCUACUUGGAUGAGUAGUAAAUCGUUUUUUUGAACCAACCAGUUCAGUCGACAUAAACUUGUUCUUCUUGACGACUGAGAAUCUUCGUCGACACACAUGAAUGAAAUAAUUGUUUUGAAUUUAAAAACAAUAAAAAUAGUCCACAAACUAAACACCAACCUAUUCUGGAGUUGUCUUGAUAGCAAUGUCUGAGUCACAAAGACUAAAUGUUAAAGUAUUUCAUUAAAAAUGAUUUUAGUCAGUAAAGCCUUUCGUAGGAAUAUAGCAAAGAAAACGAUCUACUAUUGAAAUAGUCUUGUGAGUAUCACAGAAAAAUCUAGAUUCAGGAUAUUUUCAUUAUUAUGGAACUGAACUUGGCUGUGUACACCACGCAGGAAGAAGGCAGGCAAAUUCCACCUGUCUGUGUCAUAAAUAAAUAAAGCAUAAGGAAAAUA